AUGGCCGAACCAUCCGGCGACGUGAGCUAUCCCGUCGUCAACGGAGCCAAUCCUGCUUCUGAUGGCGUCAAAACCGAGGCUUCCAAACCCGGAGACGAGCUGCGUCGGGUUACGCCCUCUCAGACCACCUCGACCGGCCAACCCCUGACUCCAAUGGCCGCUCUUGAAGUCGCCGGCAAACUCGUCUUCUCCCAAGGCCUCGCGAGCUCCUUCCGUCCCCGCAAAUACUACACGAUUCCUAAGGAAACAAUUGAAGGAGUGCUUGAUGAUCUCGAGCAGCUGUUUGACUUUUUCCUGCUUGAAUUCCAGCGCACCCUCUUUGCGGAAAAUGUCAUCCACACGAUUGCGGCCUUCUCUGCCGCUUUCGUCUCUUACUGGCUCAGCAAGAUCCUGCCAUUGUGGGGUCUGGCUCUGAUUGCAGUGACCAUCGCCUAUCUGGGACCUCUUGUCUACAUCAGCAACCGCGAAAUCAUCGAUGAGCAGAUCCACUCUGUGCAGCAGCUGAUCAACGCCCAGGCGAGCCAUGUCCGGGGUAUUGCUGAGCAGCACACUGCUCACGCGACGGGGUUGGUGAAGCAGUACGCCAGCGACUACAGCGCCAAGGCUCAGGGAUACAUUCGUCGCUCGGCCACGCCUGAGGUGGCCAAGGCCCCUGCGUCAGGCACCACCAUCAAGACUGAGCCGGUUUCUCCGCAGCCUAGCUUCAAGCAGUCUGACUUCCCGGAAGCGCCCAAGACGGAGCCCGUUGCUGCUGAGCCUGCCGCCGAGUCGUCGGCUCCUGAGAACAACCAGGAACCCCUUCUGGCUCUCUAA